ACUUCACAAUUCCCCAGAAACUUCUACACAAUCUCCACCGUAAUGCCACCGUAACUAAAACACACAUUUAAAUUCUCGCCGGAAACAAUGGAGUCGUACUGCAUAGGUGGCCGGAACUUCACAACAAUGGCGGUGUUCUCGACGUGUCCGACGUGGAGGCGACCGAGGAGGAAGAGGCUGAGAAGGAGUAAUGUGAAGGUGAGUUGUGGAAGGAAGAGUGAGAUGAGGUGUGUGAAGGAGGUUAGUAGUUGUGUUGCUGUUGUUGAAGAUGAGGAGUUUGCUGAUAAGGAGGAUUUUGUUAAAGCCGGUGGCUCGGAGCUUUUGUUUGUUCAAAUGCAGCGGAAUAAGGCUAUGGAUACUCAGUCUAAACUUGCCCAUAAAUUGCCGCGAAUACCUAUUAGAGAUAGUGUAUUGGAUUUGGUGGUUAUUGGUUGUGGUCCUGCUGGUCUUGCUCUUGCUGCAGAAUCAGCUAAGCUUGGUCUGAGAGUUGGGCUUAUUGGUCCUGAUCUUCCCUUUACUAAUAAUUAUGGUGUAUGGGAGGAUGAAUUUAUAGAUCUUGGACUUGAAGGGUGUAUUGAGCAUGUUUGGCGGGAUACUAUUGUAUAUCUUGAUGAUGGUGAUCCUAUUAUGAUUGGCCGUGCUUACGGAAGAGUUAGUCGCCAUUUGCUUCAUGAAGAAUUGCUUAAAAGGUGUGUCGAGUCAGGUGUUUCGUAUCUUAGCUCAAAAGUUGAAAAGAUUAUUGAAGCUGGAGAUGGCCACAGCCUGGUUGAGUGUGAAAAUAAUAUUGUCAUUCCAUGCAGGCUUGCUACUGUUGCAUCUGGAGCAGCUUCUGGGAAACUUUUGCAGUAUGAGGUUGGGGGUCCCAGAGUUUCUGUCCAAACAGCUUAUGGUGUCGAGGUUGAGGUGGAAAACAAUCCAUAUGAUCCCAGUCUAAUGGUUUUCAUGGAUUACAGAGAUUAUACCAAACAAAAAGUUCCAGGCGUGGAGGCAGAAUAUCCAACAUUUCUUUAUGUGAUGCCCAUGUCCCCAACAAGGAUUUUCUUUGAGGAGACAUGUUUGGCUUCAAAAGAUGCGAUGCCAUUCGAUCUACUGAAGAAAAAACUCAUGUCAAGAUUACAGACGAUGGGAAUUCGAGUUGCCAAGACAUAUGAAGAGGAAUGGUCUUAUAUACCUGUUGGGGGAUCUUUACCUAAUACUGAGCAAAAAAACCUUGCAUUUGGUGCAGCUGCAAGCAUGGUGCAUCCAGCCACUGGCUAUUCAGUUGUCAGAUCAUUGUCAGAGGCCCCAAAUUACGCUGCUGUUAUUGCAAACAUCUUGAAAAGUAGUCAAAUGAACGGGAUGAUUAAUUAUGGAAGAUAUACAGAGAACAUCUCAAUGCAAGCUUGGAAGACCCUGUGGCCUCAAGAAAGGAAACGCCAGAGAGCAUUCUUUCUAUUUGGACUAGCACUCAUUUUACAGCUGGAUAUCGACGGCAUAAGAACAUUCUUCCAAACUUUUUUCCGCUUACCCACCUGGAUGUGGCAGGGAUUUCUUGGUUCUUCUCUAUCCUCAGUCGACCUUGUACUAUUUGCCUUUUAUAUGUUUAUCAUAGCCCCACACCACUUGAGAAUGUCCCUUGUAAGACAUCUCCUUUCUGAUCCAACAGGAGCUACAAUGGUAAAAACAUAUUUAACGGCCUAGGAUCCCUAAUUUGUAUAUCUUAGCCCAAAUGCUCGGUUCAGAAAGUUAUGUAAAUAACUCUUUUCAUAAUAUAUAUAAUUAUCAUUUUUGAUCUAU